UGCUUGUGGACGUGCGUGUAGUUGAUGGCGUGGGUACCAGGGAUGGAGACAUCCCACCAUCACUGGCUACGGUGUGACUGAGUGAGUCAGAGAAAGGCUCGAGGAGGAGAUUGAGAAGUUCUUUCUUUUUCCCCCUAACGUCUGGGGGGGGUGGGGGUUUUGUUGUUUUUUUUGCGGGAGGUGGAAAUGGAGUCGAGCCAGAACAGCGUGGACUCUACGGAUCGUGGAAAAACUCGCCUGAGGACCUCCAAAGAUGGGAAGAGGAUGCAGAAAGGGAGCGUGUCUUCCUUGGCCAAGAGGAGCAUUCAAGACUGUGAGAUGGAGGGCCAACAGCUGAUGGUUGAUGCUGAUGGCAAUGCUCAGGACAAACCUGGCAAAAGAGAUGGAGAGGUUGGGAGUCGCAAGACACUAACAGGAUCGAGUCCAAAUGAUUCUUUCACCUCCCCCCCGCCCCAAAAAUCUGUCGUCUUCCUGCAGAAAGCUCAGAUGUCCUCUGAUCAGAUCACCAGCGAUGACAACGACAAUCGCCACUACAACCAGAGCUUUUUGCAAAGGCAAUUCAGUGCUCUGUUGCAACCUGGAGUCAAUAAAUUCUCCCUACGCAUGUUUGGCAGUCACAAAGCAGUAGAAAUCGAGCAGGAGAGGGUUAAAUCUGCAGGAUUUUGGAUCAUUCACCCUUACAGCGAUUUCAGGUUUUACUGGGACCUCGCUAUGCUACUGCUCAUGGUCGGGAACUUAAUCAUUCUUCCAGUGGGAAUCACGUUCUUUAAGGAUGAGAAUACUCCACCCUGGAUUGUGUUCAAUGUCAUGUCAGACACGUUCUUCCUCAUCGACCUGGUCUUAAACUUCAGGACAGGGAUUGUGGUUGAGGACAACACAGAGAUUAUCCUGGAUCCUCACACCAUCAAGAUGAAAUAUCUCAAGAGUUGGUUCCUAGUUGACUUUGUGUCCUCCAUCCCUGUUGAUUAUAUCUUUCUCAUCGUGGACCUGGAGACGCGAGUGGAUUCCGACGUUUACAAGACAGCCCGUGCUUUGAGGAUCGUACGAUUCGCUAAAAUCCUUAGCCUCCUGCGCUUACUCCGUCUCUCUCGCCUCAUCAGAUACAUCCACCAAUGGGAGGAGAUCUUUCACAUGACGUAUGACUUGGCGAGCGCGGUGGUGAGGAUUGUGAACCUCAUUGGGAUGAUGUUGCUGCUGUGUCACUGGGAUGGCUGCCUCCAGUUCCUGGUCCCGAUGCUUCAGGACUUCCCCGAGGACUGCUGGGUGUCCAUCAACCGCAUGGUGAACGAUUCCUGGGGGAAGCAAUACUCACACGCACUCUUCAAGGCCAUGAGCCACAUGCUGUGUAUUGGCUACGGACAACAGGCUCCAAAAGGCAUGACUGACGUCUGGCUCACCAUGCUUAGCAUGAUCGUUGGCGCCACAUGUUACGCCAUGUUCAUCGGACACGCCACAGCGCUCAUCCAAUCCCUGGACUCCUCCCGGAGGCAGUACCAGGAGAAGUACAAACAAGUGGAACAGUAUAUGUCCUUCCACAAGCUCCCGGCUGACAUGAGACAGAAGAUCCACGAGUAUUACGAGCAUCGUUUCCAGGGCAAGAUGUUUGAUGAGGACAACAUUUUGGGCGAACUGAGUGAGCCACUGAAUGAGGAGAUCGUCAACUUUAACUGCCGGAAUCUCGUGGCCACGAUGCCCCUCUUCGCCAAUGCGGACCCCAACUUUGUGACGGCCGUGUUGACCAAGCUGAAAUUCGAGGUCUUUCAGCCGGCGGACUACAUAGUGAGGGAGGGCACGGUAGGCAAGAAGAUGUACUUCAUCCAACAUGGCGUCGUCAGCAUCCUCACCAAAGGCAGCAAGGAGACCAAGCUGUCUGAUGGCUCCUACUUUGGAGAGAUCUGCCUGUUGACCCGUGGCCGGAGGACGGCCAGCGUUCGGGCAGACACGUACUGUCGUCUCUACUCCCUGUCGGUCGAUCACUUCAAUGAGGUCUUAGAGGAAUACCCAAUGAUGCGAAGAGCCUUCGAGACUGUCGCCAUGGACCGUCUCAAUCGAAUUGGAAAGAAAAAUUCCAUUUUGCUUCGCAAAGGAAUGCACGAAUCUCCUUCGGGGUCCCUGAACAACCGAGACAAUGAGAUCAUCCAACAGAUAGUCAAACACGACCGAGACAUGGCUCACAGUAUACAGGAACACCAAACAAACAUGCACCCAAAGCCGGUUAUCUGGGCUCCAUUGGUUCAUGCCCCUCUCCAGACGGCAGCUGCUACAACCUCCGUUGCCAUCGCUCUCACCCACCAACACAGCGUGCCAACAGCCAUUUUCCUGCCAGCGGCGACCCUCUCUGGCCCUCUCUGUGCCGAGCAGAUCAGGAAGUCUCGUCCUGUGCUGCACAGCUCUGUCUCGGUGUCCAUCGGCACUCCCUCUGGGACUCAGUCGCAAACACAGUCGCAAGCCCAGACGCCAUUAGCCGUCUCGCCCUCCACCCCUCUGGUCCAAAACCAGCAGAUGGUUGAAGGUUCCUCCGGUGCCGGCGGUGCUGGGCAAAGCCACCAGUUGCCAAGAGGCCCGCCAGCCAGCGGUCAGAAGACAUCACACGAGAGAUCAGGUACCGAACGCUUGCAGUCAACGGCCUCCGAUCAGCGUCGCCCCUCACAGGAAUCCCAAUCCAAGCCCCAGACACUACAAUCCAAAUCCACGUCGCUCUCUGCUACUCUGCUCCAGCAGCCUGGCAGUGUCCACUCGACCAGCCCAGCCCAGAGCCCAAUGUCCGGCAAGACUUUCCACUACAGCCUCUCCAAAGUGAUGGGCUCCCACGGGUCUAUCCCAACACAGCAGAUGUUGUUCACUCCUCAACAGCUCGUCAAAUACAAGAGCAUUCAAGGACUUCCGACCGGGAGACUCACACAAGACGUCAGACUCAUGUCUGCCUCUCAGCCGACCUUGCCCAACAAGGGAAUGCCCAGUCAAUAUGCCAGGAAAUCAGCUGGGAACAUCACCCAAUUGUCCUCGUCUUCUGUGUCCGCGUUCCUCAGUAGGCCUUCCGGGAGUACGACCGGCCAGGCUGUUUGUCCACAGCAGAUGUCCUCUGGUACGUUGUUAUCUCAAAGGCCAUUGUCUACCAGUUCCACGUCUAACCUGUCUACACCAGCAGCCCCAGCACCAGGGCCCAGAGAGGUGGCUUCAUCUCGGAAAAGCUCGGUGGCUUUUAGCCCAGAUGUGGAGACGGCAAAGCCCAAACUUCCAUCUAAUAUGUAAAGACAAGAAGUCAAGGUAGAGGAACAGGAAGCGCCAAUGUGUUCAGUCCAAUAAUUUCUCAUGCACACUUCACAAGACUGCUUGAGAACUGGAGGAGGCCAUUCGGCUCAUAAACCUGCUUCUAUCUAUCUAACAAUCACUUCAUCUCAACUGCCUCUCCUCACAGGAAUCCCUGAUGAUCUGAAGACCUGUUUGGUCGAUCUCUGUUUGUUUCUUCAUUGCCAGAAUGAGAUUGUGAAUGCAACGCACAAAAUGGCCGCCUCUCUUCUCCCACCUCGUGGGAGGUUUGACAUUAUACACGGGGUCAAGGAAGAUGGGAGUCUCCAAUUCAAGAAAAAUCCUUCCCCCUCUUUCUCAGACGCAAACUGCAUGAUUUUUCCCAGGAAGAGAUGUGAGAAGGAGAGGUAGAAAGAGAAAGAAAGGAAGAGGAAAGUGGAAAUGAAAGAAUCAUGGACCAUUAUCUGUCUAAUUAUUUGAGCAAACG